ACUUGCGGCUCAUCAGCGCCACCUGGAUUUGGUCUUAUACGACUCCCUCCACUGCUCGACGGUUCACAGACAUCAAACAUGUCUGAAUGCUAAAGGGUCCACUGUAUUCCUACACCCUGCUUGCUAUAUGAUUCCCGUCGUGCCAACGGCUGAAAACCCAGAAAGAUGCCGCAGAAAGCACUGGGAUCCAUUGUAGGUCUUCUUUGCACCGGGACCUCGCUGGUGCAGGGGAAGGAGUUCUGCUUUGGUGUAAACAAUGAGCAAUAUCGCUGCGAGAUGGGCUACUGCUGCGGAGAGACGGAGUGCUGCACCUAUUACUAUGAACUCUGGUGGUUCUGGUUGGUGUGGACCCUCAUCAUCAUGCUGAGCUGCUGCUGUGCCUAUCGACAUCGUAGGGUUAAAAUGCGCCUGCAGCAGGAGCAGCGGCAACGUGAGAUCAGCCUCAUGGCUUACCAGGGGGCCUCCACUUCCUUCAUUUCAGCUCCGCCACUCAACCUGAGGUUCUGGAACGACUGCAAACUACCAGACUAUGAGGAGGUUGUGGGUCACCCUCCCACACCGCCACCACCAUAUUCCGAGGACCCUCCUGAGGUGACUACCGCGCUCCACCCUCAGGUGAGCCAGCCAGAGGUUGUCCCGGCGCUCCAGCCCUCGGCAGCCGAGGAGCCCCUGUUGGACAGCAAUGCUCAGAGCUUGUCCACCAGCCAGCAGGCUCCACCGGAGCCACUUCUAGCUCAGCGCCAAGCUGAGGAGAGCGCACAGGCUCCUGCGGUGGAGCCGGAGGAAGACGAGGAACUCCUCACUCGCCGCCGCCACGUGACCGGUGACUCAGGGAUCGAGGUGUGCGUUUGCCAGCUUGAGCUGGACGAAGGUUGUGGGCUGGAGGAGGAGAUGGAGGCGGAGCAUCAGACGUGCAAAGUCGGAGAUGGGCACUUUUGCUCAGGUCAUGGUGUGGCCAGACAAAAGCAGCACUCCUCCGAUCUGCCGGGUCAGACCACCAGCACCAGCACCGGGGACCACCUGGUGUGAGCUGCUGCAGUACUAAUCAGCCGAGCAGUGCCACGCCUCGUUUCACACGAGGUGCUUUAAUAUUGCCAUCGCCGUCACCAACCCUCUGUGCUGAGUCUCCCCGAACUAACGCUUCAGUGGGAACAGGAGUCUGAAGCGGCUCCUGAUCCAUAAUCUGCUUGGCUUUGGCUUCUGGGGAAACCCAGGCGGACGCUCUCUUUCAUUUGUUUUGCCGGAGAAAGUAAGAAGACAGCCGUCGAUUGUGUUUGAAAUCAGAAACUCCUCUCCUCCGUCACAUUUCUCUUGGCUCUGUGAUGUAUCUGGUGUCACACCACAACGCUCUCAUCCGAGGCUUCGAACACUUGGAGCCAUCUCGACUGAAUCAACAAGCCGUUUUCCCAAAGCAGCGUGAAUGUUUGUGUUGUUGAAUUUUCGGCCGCAGCUGCACUGUGACGGCACCGACCUGAGGUCAUGGCAACCAGCUCCCGAAGCUCUCUGGUGUCAAGUGCGUGUUGUUUUCUACGGCAGAGGAGACUAACGGGAAGUGGGUUUUAAAUGUUACACACGCCCCCCCCUCUUUCUGUGCAUUGCCACGACAGCAAAACAAAACAACGGUGAAAGGCCUUUCUUUUUUGACUGAUCUCUGAGAGUGUGGUUUUCAUGUCGCAUCUCAGUUUUUGGCUGAAUUUCAUCGUGUCCUCAUGAAGCUACAAUUUGUUGAAACUCUUCACAUGCCAGAAUUGUUAUAUAUUUCGGUGUUAUUCUGACUUUAGUCAUCAUAGUGACCCAACACAGGAAUAACCACAGGGGAAACGGACUGCAUGUCAUUUCCAGAUCACUUUUCUCACGGCUACUUGCUUGAAUAUAUGACGUUGAUAUCACAACGUAACAUUAGGUCGAGGAGCAGCCUCGAGCUUUCUGAUUGGUUUCCGUGAUGAACUAUGAAUAUAGUUGACUACACUGUUUGAACAAAAGGAUCAGUCCAUAUUUCAAGGUUUCUGCUCGAUCAUGACGACGAAGGUUUCAUUUCAAAUGUUGAAUUUGAAAAAGCAGCAUGGGUGUUUUCAUACGAGUGGUGUGCGAUUAUUGGUCAGCAUGUGUCCGUGUGGAGUCCAAUUUGAAUGUUUGGCUUCCGUGAGAACACAUUCAAGUCAUGAGCUGCUUGUGUUUACGUCAUUUGUUGACAAGAUUCUGAUUUAGUUUCCUUUCUGGAUGUAACGUAGGGUGGACGCUGUCGAGCGACGCUUCCUCUGGUGUUCUUCUGCUUCGUGAGAUGUGGAUACAGGUGCCGUGUGCCGGGAGAAUCCCUUGGUACAAUAUGGAAUCUAAACAGAGGUUAUCAAAUACAAUUGAUGCGAACAUAAAUAAAGCUAUUUCCUGCCGUGGUAUCGUGUAUUCUAGCAAUGGAUUCCAUUUAGACUGAAGCUGAACUCCGUAAGUCCCUGCCUCUCUGGGAUCUGAUUUUUAGGGAUGUGAGAGCAUGUUUAAUGACUGUAGAGGCUCACCUUCACUCACAUGGUACAGCCUGGUUCCCAACUGAAAGGGAAGCUAUUUGUAGAGAAGCAUUCACUCUCCCAUGAUCUCAGAGAUGCGGUGAGAUGAGAAAAAGGAAUGGACGUGACAAGCCGAAGCUGCCUCACGUGUGCUGCACAGGAAUGGAGCGUCCGAGUCGUGACUGGAAAUCGAGGCCUAUUUAGAGUAGAAGUAGUCUUGUCUUCUGAGUAGUUCUGAGCAAAAGAUGGAUCUCUGUGGUUUUCUACACUUUAAUAAAACCACUGGCUCAAUUGGUGUGAAAAUGUGGUGCAAGUAGAUAGUUGUGGUACGGAAGUGAUAAACCAGAUUUUUAGAGUUUGCUGAUGUUGGUUGUAACAAUGGUUUCAAGAUAAAAGCAUGAUCCUGACUCACCUGUUGAGUGAGUGAGGAGGAAAGUUAACUUUCUGCCCUGGAAAACCAGGGGUUUAAGGGCUAUAACCUUUUUCACGGAGACUCAUCUCCCCUUGUUUGGUUAGGUGCCGUGGCCAUAUCUGAUUGUAUAUCACUUAAAUCUUGCCUUUUUGUUAGUCACCCGAACAUCGCUGUCUCAUGAGGUGAGGUGGAGGGUUCCUCCUCGCUGUGACGUUUUCAUUUCACAUUCCACUGCAACUAAGAGUUGGACUCAUGAGCUGAACUUUAUUUUGAUCAACAGCAGUUCGCUGAUCCUGGGGCAAACCUUUUUUCAGGUAGACGUGAGAAUACUUCGUCAAGUUCCCCAGUGGUCUUGGCCAGUCAUUUAAGCUCCUUUAAAGUCCCGGCUUCACCCGAGUCCUGCCCGUUAAAGUAUGAUUCUUCUUUUGUUUAGUGAGUCCUGUCGUUGACCUUGUGGUGAACUCGACCCCUUACAUCCACAUAUCCUAAAAUACUGGUUUACAUCGCCAAACUUGACUUACUUUACAACAUUGUGGCAAGUCUUUGAUCUUGAUCAGACCCGUUUCUUAGCCUCCACCCGUGACCUGCUCUAGACUUGGGCCUGAUUCAGUCUCUGUCCCUGUAAGGCCUCUCAAUAUCUUCCAUGUUGGUUUCAACCCUCUUUGCUCUCGACCUGCUUUCACCCUGAUCCUGACCUGUUAGUCAGUAAAAGUCUUUGGUUCGACCAUGACGAGUUCCAGUCACAAAGUCCCAAAAUGUUUGGUCACGAUUUAGUCCCGAUAAGUCCUGGCCAUCCGUGGGUUUGGACCCUCACAUCAUUGGUCUUGCUGUCAUCCUUAGUUUAGUUUCUGACUUUAAAAGUCCCCCCUAAAGUCUUUCCCAUCUCUCUCAGGUUUCUCUUGAACAAGCAGAAUUAGAGUUCAACCCCCCAUCGCCUCAUGAAAGCCAAAGUUUACUUCUUUAACUGAUCUCCUGCAUUUCAGGUCCGCACCUAACUCCGCCGAGCUAUGCAAACUAAUCAUGAACCUACUGUUAAAUGCUGCGACCUUCCCCUGACCCUUGAGCUCCAGUACUCGCAAUAUCUAUCCCAGUACUCGCAGCUCUGCACUGUACUGUAUUGUUUAUUUUGUUGUUUGUUGGAUCAUGUUUUAACGCUUCUGUCCGCUGGGGGGGGGGUUUCAUAGAAGUCAUCUCUUAUACGUUUGGCUUUUCCCUCCAUCAACCACUAACUGCUUGUCGUGAUGAACCACAUCGUAACCCGUCAUGCGUUCACAUUUCAGGACUUUCCAGUGACUGAAUACAUCUGUUGCCUUUCAUACUCGCAACCAACAUUUGAAUGUUUUGUGCAUUGAAAGUCGACCCGACACAGAAACACCUGUGUUGAUUUUCCUUGACACAGGAAGGAUUUGAAAACUUGCCAAAAAUACUGGAGAAAAAAAAGAACCUCCCCACUCCAUCUUCUACAAAUGGACUCUUUCUAUGUUUAGAUACAAAUAAAGCACUGAAUGAUGAUUCAAAAAUAGUUUGGUUUUGGUAACAAGUCUGCUGUGUAAUUUGGUUCAUCAUUUGUAUUUUAUUUUUUUAAUAAAAUAAUCAUUGGCUCUC